GCACGGCCCGUUUUGUUGGCGUUCACAAGAAAUACUCGCUUUUUCUAUUUAAAACGACAAAAAAGAGUAUCUUUACAGCACCACUAACCUCAUCAUCGUUCGAUUGAUUUUUCUCUCUUCUUGAAAGUUGAAAGUUGAAAGUGGGGGUUGGUGUCAAGAGAGAGAGAGAGAGGAGAGAGAGAGAGAGAGGAAAAUGGAGAGAGGUGAAGAAGAAGAUGCAUCCUGUGUGAGCAGGAGGCCACUGAUUGAAAACAUCACAGAUAAAAAUAAUGAUAGCAAAGAGACAAUAUUAGCGGAACUGAGAAAACAGUUAUGGCUGGCAGGGCCAUUGAUAACGGUGUCUCUAUUGCAGUUUUGUUUGCAGCUGAUAUCAGUUAUGUUUGUUGGUCAUUUGGGCGAAUUGUCUCUCUCUGGUGCUUCUAUGGCUACCUCUUUUGCCUCUGUCACCGGUUUUAGCUUGAUGAUGGGAAUGGCAAGUGCACUAGACACAUUGUGUGGCCAAUCAUACGGAGCUAAGCAGUACCACAUGCUCGGAAUUCACAUGCAGAGAGCAAUGCUUGUUCUAUUACUCGUCUGCAUACCCCUUGCUAUUGUCUGGGCAAACACCGCUCCCAUCCUAACACUAUUAGGCCAAGAUCCCGAUAUUUCAAAAGAAGCCGGUCACUAUGCUCGAUUUAUGAUUCCUAGUAUUUUCGCAUACGGGAUUCUACAAUGCCAAGUCAAGUUCUUGCAAACACAAAACAUCGUUUUUCCUAUGAUGUUAAGUUCUGGCGUCACCACUUUGUUGCACUUGUUUUGGUGUUGGAUUCUUGUUUUGAAGUCUGGACUCGGUAGCAGAGGAGCUGCUGUUGCGAAUUCUAUCUCUUAUUGGACGAACGUUUCGUUGUUGUGUCUUUACAUCGUGUUUUCUCCUUCUUGUUCGAAAACAUGGAACGGGUUCUCACGAGAGGCACUUCGCAAUGUCCUUAAUUUUAUUCGGCUUGCAAUCCCUUCAGCCGUCAUGGUCUGCUUGGAAGCGUGGUCUUUUGAAAUGAUGGUUCUACUAUCGGGUCUUCUUCCGAAUCCUCAGUUAGAAACAUCUGUUCUCUCUAUCUGCCUUAAUACAGCUGCAACAGUGUGGAUGAUACCAUUCGGGCUCAGUUGUGCUGUGAGCACACGAGUGUCGAACGAGCUAGGGGCAGGGCAUCCUCGAGCAGCACGAUUAGCAGUGGGUGUGGUAAUGUUCAUGGCAAUAAGCGAGGGAAUUUUAGUAGGGGCAUUUAUGUUAAUAAUAAAGAAUAUAUGGGGAUAUGCUUACAGUAACGAGAUCGAAGUUGUCAAAUACGUAGCAACAAUGAUGCCCAUUCUAGCUGCAUCCAACUUCAUCGAUGGCCUUCAGUGUGUUCUUUCAGGAACUGUUAGAGGAUGUGGGUGGCAGAAGAUUGGAGCGAUUAUCAAUCUUGGAUCGUAUUAUCUCGUGGGCCUCCCAGUGGCUAUCUUGUUAGCUUUUGUUCUGCACAUAGGCGGAAAGGGUCUCUGGUUGGGGCUUCUGUGUGCGCUAUCGGUUCAAGUUGUCUGCCUUUUUGUGAUCAUGUUACGAACUAACUGGGAACAGGAAGCAAAGAAGGCCAAGGAGAGAGUCUACGAAUCAACCAUUCCUGUGGAGAUAUUAUCGUGAGUACUAUAGUCCGUAAUUUAGUAGCCGAAGAGGCCACGAGACAACUGGAUUUGCCAGAUUUUGAAGACAUGUUUGUUUAGGUCAUUUGCUUCAACUUUAGAACAAAUUGAUGAUCUAAGCUCAUUUUUAGGUCAUUUAUCCAAUUUUGGGUUGGAAGAUUCAAAUAAUAUUUACAGCAAAAAACUGAAAAUUAAAUCAAAUAAUAUUACUAA